GCCGCUCCGUACUGCCUACGCGCAGCAUCAGCGCCUCAGCCCGGACGCCGACUGCGUGUCCCUGCACGGCUGCGGGGUUGCGCUCAUUCACCCACCAGCAGAGCUUCUCUCUGGCUGCGCAGGCGCUUUCGAGUCAUUUCUGGAAGAAGAUGGCGGACAGAGCCGAGAUGUUUUCGCUCUCCACCUUUCGUUCCCUGUCUCCUCCAAGUUGCAGACAAGCUCACGACAUCAGUCUGGAGGAGUUUGAUGAUGAAGAUUUGUCCGAGAUCACGGAUGACUGCGGGAUUGGGCUGAACUACGACUCAGACCCCUACGACAAGGACUGUCUCAUCCUGGAGAAGAAUGAGCACCAUCCAGUCUGCUCCUUCCAGGAUGACUUCCAGGAAUUUGAGAUGAUUGACGAUGAGGAUGAGGACGAUGAUGAGGAUGAGGAAGACGAGGCAGACCCUGAGGCAUCUCCCCCCUCCCCAACUUUAGGGUUGCUGCAGAAGAGCCGGCCCACCACCCUGAACCUCACCUCAGCUGUGUCACAGGAUUCGCUGAACAACAACAACAGCUUCUCCCCCCGAAAAGGAAGCUGGCAGGAAUCGCUCCGUUACCCCGCCCCACACGGACGGGUAUCUCCUGAUCAUUCCGGCCUUGAGGAAGGUGAACAUGUGAAAGGUCAAACUGCUGCGCCCCCGGUCAAAGAGUCUUUCGAUCAACACAAAAUGUCCAGCAGCUCCGACACGGAGGGUGAGCCCAGCGUAGAGGCCCCAGCCCAGGGCGACGGCGUGCCUGUUGUAGGCGAGAGUUCCCAGUGCUCCGACACAGAAGUUGACCAAGACCUCAACAGCGCCUGUGCCAGAAGGCGCAGGUCCCAAUCCAGACAAGCCAAUGAAACAUAUACCAUCACCACUGAGUCGGCUGUUGACCCUGAGCUGGAGAAUGACGUGACUUCAGGUACCAGCAAAUGCCUUUCCCCCUCACCACCAGCCAGCAAUGAUUCCGGAACCCCCUUGACAGAAGAUGAACUAGACCAAGAUUUUGACGUUGACUUUUUGUCCAAGAAUACGAAUGACUUGGUCUGCAAAGAAGCUGAGGACUCAUUCUAUGUAGAGUUUCCUCCGAUUGAACCAUGCGAAAUAGCCUUUAUGUCAUCAGCUGGUCAGCCCAAUGCUGACCAAGCGGAGGUUUUCUCUGACCAUCAUAGAGUCAUUCAAGAUCAUGCAUCUGGAGCCUCUAAUGACACAAACUCCCCAUCAUCUGACCCGGGCAUCGCAGACAUGAAGGGAUGCAACAUGUACGCAACUUCGGACCAGCAGAGCGAUGACCUGAGCACUCCUGGCUCUGAUUCGGACGUAGAGGGUGAGCUGGAGGCAGCCUUUGCCUGCGGGGGUCCCUUGGUCAGUCACAUGAUCUCAUCCAUCUCAGAGACUGAGCUGGACCUGACAAGUGACAGCAGCAGUGGCCGCUCAUCCCACCUCACCAACUCCAUCGAGGAGGCCAGCUCACCCACUUCUGAUCAGGAGUUAGAGACCGAGCUGGAGCAAGACAGCGGGAUUGUGGGUAUCAAGGCUUCUCUGCUCCUUGGGCAGCCCGAGCCCAUCAAAGAUGCUUCACCCACUGAUGAGCCAGAGAUGCAGGAGCAGCUAGAUGACAGUCAGGCAUUGAUGGGGAUGCAAAGUAUUGAUGAUGUCAUCUAUGAGCACACGGCCGACCCCGACGAGACCCUGCCACCCACAGACUGCUGUGACGAUAAGCUUUCCCAACAGCUGGUGCUGAAGAUUGAACCAGACCACAGCCUGGAGAGCUUUAAAAGGUCCUUCUACUUGCCCAUAGGGCCAAAACUCAUGCCCGCCGUGGAUGACAGUGACUGUGAUUCUGAGUCAGAAUCAGAGGAUGAACUGAGUGAGAAUUCGGAUUCCCCCUGGCUGCUCAGCAAUCUCGUCAACAAAAUGAUCUCUGAGGGCUCCUACCCCAUCAGCUGUCCAGAGGACUGCUUUAAAAGGUCUGCCUCCAUCUCGGACACCAUUUCCCCCUCAUCAGACUUGGAGGCAGAUGCUUUUAAUGAUCAUUUUGAAGUCCAGCAGCAGAGGCCAAAGUCGAAUGAUGACGUGCAGGAGGAGAGUUCAGAUGAAAACGACAAACACUUAGGUCUGAUUGCGUCAGCUGAUUCCAAGGAGGAACUCAAGGGUGAUGAGAUGGUUCGGCCAGAGAGCAGAGUGGGCCUAUCAGGAAACAGCGACACAUCAGGCACGUGUGUAUAUGCAAAGGACAACAACACCCCCAUGCCCAAGGAAGCAUACAGCCGCAGAAUGAUAAACCCAGGAGGUCAUGGUGUGGCCUCAGGUCCAGCUUCUCCCAAAGACCUGGACAGCUCUCCUGGUCCCAGGUUGGAUAAAAACAUUAUACAAGAGGAGCAGGAGCCUGAUAAUGACCUGUCAAUGAAAAUGACAGGACAUCAACCCCAUGAGCUCAUUGAAGAUAUGGAGAGCGAUGAAGAAAGGGAGAACAUGAGGUUACUGGACCGGAUGACUGAGGUGAAGAACAGCCUCACUCUGGACAUUCCCACCACCCAGACUAACCGCUGCUUCAGCUUGACCUUUUCCACUGACAACGACGAGGGCUCCUUCCCAGUGUCCCUCCACGGUUCCCCCUAUGGCGAGGUCUACCUGGACAGCUCUCCGCCCGUCGACGAGAGCGUCCAGGCCCACAGACCCACCGAGAAUCUGAUGGGCAGGCACAUGGAUGAAUCACUAGCCUACGACUCGGUCAAGUACACCUUGGUGGUGGAUGAGAACGCCACCCUGGAGCUGAUCAGUCUGAGGAGGUGCACGUCCGUCCUGAGUGAUGACAGCGACAUAUCUACGCUGUGCGACGACUGCCCCCUGGAAGUGGGCGGUGAGUUUGGCCAGGGUGGAGAGAACCUGAGUGUCAUCAGUUCUUCCGAGGACUCGUCCCCAGAGGCUGAAAUUCCCUUCUCCAAGAAAUUCCUCAAUGUCUUUGUCAACAGCACCACACGCUCAUCUAGUACAGAGUCAUUUGGGCUUUUCGCUUGCACCAUUAAUGGACAGGAGAGAGAACAGACACACAGGGCUGUAUUCAGGUUCAUCCCCAGGCAUGCAGAUGAGCUAGAGCUGGACGUGGACGAUCCCUUGUUCGUAGAGGAAGAGGAGGAUGACUACUGGUACCGAGGAUAUAACAUGCGCACCGGGGAGAGGGGCAUCUUCCCUGCCUACUACGCCCACGAGGUCGUCGGUCAAGCCAGGGAGCUUGGGGGGCUGAAGAGGGACACAUCCUGGAUGGAGAGCUUCAGCGUUCAGUUCCUUGGGUCGGUGGAGGUGCCCUAUCAUCAGGGCAAUGGCAUCCUGUGUGCUGCAAUGCAGAAGAUCGCCGUCACGCGGAAGCGGACAGUACAUGUGCGUCCCCCUGUGCUGUGUGACCUGGAGAUCAGCCUGCAGGGCAUCAAGCUGGUCAUGAGUCUGGACGACGACUUCGGGGAAUUGGAUGAGUUUGACAGGUGCAGCCACUUCUUCCAGAUGAAAAACAUCUCCUUCUGUGGAUGCCACCCCAAGAACAACUGCUACUUUGGGUUUAUCACCAAGCAUCCGACGCUGAACCGCUUUGCCUGUCACGUAUUUGUAUCCCAGGAGUCCAUGCGGCGUGUGGCAGAAUGUGUAGGACGUGCUUUCCAGGAGUAUUACCAGGAGCACCUGGAGUAUGCCUGUCCCACGGAGGACAUCUACCUGGAGUAGCAGAGACACCAAGACCCUGUUCUCCUCUUAUUAUGUAUGUUCCUAAGUGCUCCACCAGGGGGCGGUGUGUAGCUGUUAUCUAUUGUACAAUACAUUUUGUUCUGGCGUUUCUCUUUUUGCCCCAGCGCUCUCACUUUGAGAACUCCUACCCUUAUAUUUUACUUCUUUUCUACAAUAUUAUAGGGAUUUUUUUGGCAGCUCUGCAAACCUGCAAAUAUUUUCUUUAAUUUUCAUUUCCGUUUUGAGUUUAAAAUUACAGCAAAUCCUGUAUGUGACAUUCAUGCAUGGCUUUAUGGGUAACGCACAGAGACACAGACAAGCAAAACAGCUAAGAUUUUCUGUUGUGCUAAUCUUGGGUUUGGGUAGGCUUUAUAUAACUAGAAGAUUUAAAAAAUAGGAGAGUCUGUAAAUAAGAAUUUGUUCAAUAUCAAACAAAUGAUGUUUUGAUUUCUACUGAAAUUAUUAUUCUGGAGAAGGUGAACAGGUGGUUAUAGGUUUGAGGUGGGCCAUAUCAGUGUGGGGUAGAGGAGUCUCCUAGUGAAUAGGCAGAGGAAACAUACUGUAAAUAAAUGUAUAGAUUUAGGAGAACGUUAGAUUGUUUUAAGAACAAGUGGUUAUUAGCAUCCACAUCGGUUAUGACUAGGUACUGUCAGGACACGGUUAGUGAUCUGGUGUGGUCUGCUGUGUGAAAGACCGGACUGACAAAACCGUGCAUCUGCUGGGGGUCACAGCAGCCGGACUUAAAGCUUCCGAGAUCGACGUCGCCUUUGUUAAAGAAAAGCUACAGCUUUGGGGUAAAAAAACACACAGCAAUCACGGCUUCCAUCAUCUCUGGCGAGGCAGAAGACAAUUUUUAAAAAUACAAUGAAAAUCAGCUUAUAUGCAAUUAGUUUGUAGUCGAAGAAAAUUAUAUAUGUAUACACAUACUGCAAAAUGUUCUUAUAAUAAUGACAAUUAAUGGCACGGCGUGCAUUCAUUUGGUUGCUCUAAACAUCAGAGGAAUAGGGGUACAUUUGACAAUUAGAGUCCUAGAGCCUAUCACAUAGGACGAAAGCCUCCAAGGGCAAAAUCUUGAAAAGUCUACGGUAAGAAUGGCCGCAUCUUCAUUUCUCCUGUCCUGUCUCUGUACAGCUUAUUUCCAUAAUGAUAUUGACGUCAUUGUAUGGCCAAGUGGAUUCUGGGAAAAUGGCGCUGCUCUCGCAAAAACUAUUUUUUCCCGUGCGAGGCGAGACUCGAUCUUUCUUACUUAGCGUGGCUUAAUGUAGAUACCGGUCUUGCAUGUCGUAAAACGUAAAGAAAACUUUGGUUCUGUAACGAAGACCUUUGCCGUGUUUUUUCCCCUUUCGGUUCUCUCUCUGGAUUUUUGCUGCUCACUCUGAAAACUCCGGCAUUAAACCUCCAGCAACAUCACUAGUGAUCGAAGCCAUAAUAUAUCGGACUGUUCAAUAAUAUCUUUGGCUGGGAUCUCAGCUGCAAAUGCUGUGGGGAGGAAGACUCCCCCGAUUCACUGAGCUGCUUGGACAGCGUGGGGCCGAAUGGAGAGAGAGAGACAGAGAGAGAGGCCUUCUUUAUGUCCAGUAUAAGACCAUAAUCCCAAUGUCCAUGUCACAAGGGCCUGUUAGCUGCUGGGGUAUGUUACACCACGAAAAAGGGUCAUCAAAAAAAGAAGAAAAACACAAAACGAGGUCCUUCAAUAAGUCUUUUUUUUAUUCUUCUGAAUAUUGUUUUAAUGAUCAUCAUAUAGAGCAAAAGUAUUUAUUAUAUAAAGCAUAUGAUCACAGACCAAUAUUGUGUCUACAGGUAUUUACUAUUUUUCUCUUACCGAAAUGAGUUACACUUUGAAUGCUUCACAUUUUAGGUUUCACAUCUGUGUCGGUGUUCAUGUGCGGGUUUUAUGGAUACAGUAGAUUGUGACUUCUUUGUACCUUAUCAAAAAUAAAAGGAGAGAGAAAUCGCUGUCAUUGGAAAUCUGGUUGGGACUCAAGCCAAAGAUGGAAAGCGGGUCAUCCCCGGGCUCCUGUUGUCCGCUUGUGGGAAUUCGUCUUGUCGCCGCUGUCUAGUCUCCAUCUUGUUUGCAUGAUUUCCAUGUCGUUACUCAUGUCCUUGUCCUGACUUUGACAAAACUUUAACAAAGCACUAAUACCGGGGGAGAUAUCCGUAACAAAAAGCACAGGACCUCUGUCCUUAAAGCCAGCUGCAGUACAUUUUAGCCAUUUAUAAGAAAGCUUAGCCAUUGACAGCGGCCAGGACUAGUAAACCUUAAUGAAACAAAGCAACACAAUGAACACGAUGUGUUUCUAUUUUUGAAAAAAAAAUAGAAAACAGACUGAGCCUGGAUAUUUAUCUUGGUGUGUAAGGGUGCUAUAUCGUUCUGUUAAUAAUUUAUGAACUUCGGAAAUAGGAAAGAGUUUAAGUCAGUAGAGUGGAGGUAUGUUAGAUGUAGACUGUGUUGGUCAUCCCCUCUGAUUAUUGAUAUUACUGUAACUGUAAAACAAGAUUUUGUGGGUCAUUGUGUUUUUUUUUUGUUUUUUUUUUGUCUCAUUACUUAUUCUAUACAUGUACAACUUCUCUGGGGUGGUCUGAGCCUCAGCAGGUAAGAAGGCUGUGCCUGAGCUUGGAUGUUUGUGAGGUCAAAUCCCAAAAAAAAAAAAAAUCAUAUAUAUGUAUAUAAUUUUGGCUGAAAGCAUUUGCUAAUGAAAUGUAAACUUCUCUACGUACCAGCAGAGGGGAAUGAUGUAGUUGCAGUUUGAACUAGAAAUCAUGCUAUACAUACCGACAUUGGGAAAGGCACAGACUGAAACAGGUGCAGACUGAUAAGGCAGAGCUUAGGGUUCAACUUAGGAUGUGCAGUACCUGCCAAAAGUCUGGACACAAAAUCAUUUGUUUUUCAACAAGAUAAUGACCCUAAGCUCACCUUAAGGUUAUACAGUAAGUAUUAUCUUGUGAACAAGCAAAGAGAUAGAUUCCCGUGACAGAUGUCUGGCCCCCACAAUCCCCCGACCUAAACCCUGCAGAGCCGGUUUGGGACGACUUCAAAUGAAGAGUAAGAGCAGGUAGCCAGCAUGUGCCCAGGACUUAUGGAAACUCCUUCAGGACUGUUGGAGAAGCGUCCAGGUGGCUACAUCUGGAAGCUGACAGAGAAUGUCAGGAGUCUGCAAUGCUGUCAUUGAAGCAAAAGGCGGCUAUUUUGAAGUCUAAAAUCUUCAGAUGUUGAACACUGCUCUUGGUUGUUACAGUAUUUAGUAUGUAUUAUGUCAUUGCCAUAAGGUGACAAAUGAAUUAAAAGCAAGUGUGUCCAGAAUUUUGAUGGGUACUGUACAGGAGCAAAGCCUUGCGCCAAAAACUGAACUCACUGCUGCUACUUACAGUUUGCUAGCUUGAGAUGAAGCAUUUUAGGGUGGAUGUUCCCAAAGGUUAUCCUCUCCAUAUUUCAUGCAGAAUGCAAUAUCACUGCUGUUGGUGAGAGAUAACAAUCACUUCUUAUUUUCGGGAGAAUAGAUGUGAUCAAAGGUUGUGUGAUGUUACAGGAGAAAGCGCUGUGAAUGCAAUAGGGUCCGAUUCUUUACUGUCUCAACUGUGAGAUUGAACCAAACACGUAAAAUAAAGGAAACUGACUCUGCGACUUUAUGAGUAUCAGCGAUGGAAGACUGACAGAUUUACAGAAGCACUUCACCUUUCGUCCUUUUGGAUUUAGGUCUCAUUUUCUUUCUCUGUUCUGUGUUCCUCCGGGUAAAGAAACACCUCGCACUGUCAUAUCCUAAUUUGCCAAAUGUAAACAUGCUACAAAGUUUGUUUCGCAAGGAUCUAAACUCUCCAGAAUUUGUUCAUCAACAUAUAGCUACUUAUAAAGUCUGAUGUAGAUUCCAUCCCCCCCAACGCUGAGAAUAAAUAGAUUUAACCCAAAAACCAGCUGCAGAUAAUUGUCCAAAAGGCUGUUUUAUAUACAAAAGUGUAUCCACCUGUUUCAUAUUCCUGUGUAUCAUUUUAGUCCAAUAAGGUUUCAGAACUCUUCCAACAUUGGCUGUUCCAGAAGAUUCCAUUUGGGUUGGUUUAGCAACUCUACUGCAUCCAGGUAACCUGUUUUGCAUUAAUGCUAAUCAAACCCUGAUCGUCUGCUCUUUAGCUAAACACGUCAGUAUGUGAUGGACACUGUAUCAUUUGAGCAAGGACUUAUAAUGAAGUAUAAACUUUACUCACUCUGCCUUGUCAUGGAUUUGGUCUUAUGAAUAAAAUAUAUGCUUGAUGUUGA